CUAUAAAAGCCCUGGCUAGCAACGCCGCGGCGUAGUCGUACGACUGAACUCAGCGAAAAAGGUCUCUCCGAGUCUCUCACAGUCCAACAAGCUACAAGCUAUCGUUCAUAUUUUUUUUCUACGAUAAUCAACUAAUUUGACAAAAUGCGUGAGUGUAUCUCAAUCCACGUUGGACAAGCCGGAGUACAGAUUGGUAAUGCCUGCUGGGAAUUGUACUGCCUUGAACAUGGAAUCCAACCGGACGGUCAAAUGCCCUCCGAUAAAACAAUUGGAGGAGGUGAUGACAGUUUUAACACUUUCUUCAGUGAGACCGGUGCGGGUAAACACGUACCCAGAGCUGUUUUCAUCGACUUGGAGCCUACUGUAGUCGAUGAGGUUCGAAGUGGAACAUACCGUCAAUUGUUCCACCCAGAACAGCUGAUCACUGGAAAAGAGGACGCAGCGAACAACUACGCCCGCGGUCACUACACGAUCGGAAAAGAAAUCGUAGAUCUAGUCCUCGACCGAAUUCGCAAGCUCGCAGACCAAUGUACCGGACUUCAAGGAUUUUUAAUAUUCCAUUCGUUCGGCGGUGGUACCGGAUCCGGAUUCACGUCCCUCCUGAUGGAGCGUCUUUCAGUCGACUACGGUAAGAAAUCAAAGCUGGAGUUCGCAAUCUACCCAGCCCCCCAGGUAUCAACAGCCGUUGUCGAGCCUUACAACUCGAUCCUGACCACCCACACGACCCUCGAGCACUCCGACUGCGCCUUCAUGGUUGACAACGAGGCUAUCUACGACAUUUGCCGCCGCAACUUGGACAUCGAGAGACCCACCUACACUAACCUAAACAGACUGAUCGGACAGAUCGUAUCCUCGAUCACGGCCUCCUUGAGAUUCGACGGAGCCCUCAACGUCGACUUGACUGAGUUCCAGACAAACUUGGUACCUUACCCACGUAUUCACUUCCCUCUGGUCACCUACGCCCCAGUUAUUUCCGCGGAGAAGGCCUACCACGAGCAGCUUUCUGUCGCUGAAAUCACGAAUGCCUGUUUCGAGCCCGCCAACCAGAUGGUAAAAUGCGACCCACGUCACGGAAAAUACAUGGCUUGCUGCAUGUUGUACCGAGGUGACGUCGUCCCCAAGGACGUAAACGCUGCCAUCGCUACCAUCAAGACGAAACGUACCAUCCAGUUCGUCGACUGGUGUCCAACUGGUUUCAAAGUUGGUAUCAAUUACCAGCCACCAACUGUCGUACCUGGUGGAGAUCUCGCCAAAGUACAACGUGCUGUCUGCAUGUUGUCCAACACGACAGCCAUCGCCGAGGCCUGGGCUCGUCUUGACCACAAGUUCGACCUCAUGUACGCGAAACGUGCCUUCGUACACUGGUACGUUGGUGAAGGUAUGGAGGAAGGUGAGUUCUCUGAGGCUCGUGAAGAUUUGGCUGCUCUUGAGAAAGACUACGAAGAGGUCGGUAUGGACUCUGCUGAAGGUGAAGGCGAGGGAGCUGAAGAAUACUAGACGUCCUUAUGGGAUAAAUAAAAUAAAAUACUGAUUGAUGUUCUUCAGCUGAAGUAAUAUAUUUAAGACCAUCGAGACCUUGUUUAUAUUUAAUAUCGUUUUUCAUCUGUCGUAUUAUUAUUAUUAAUAUUAUUAUUAUUUUUCAUUUUGUAUUGUUGUAAUUACGCUGUGAAACAUUCCUUUGCUUUAUCAACAACUGAUGAUAUAUUACUUGGCAUUAUAAAAUCUCUUUUUUAAAUCCUCGAUGGAAAUACAUGACAUUUAUCAUUAA